GGGCGAAUCCUCCGCUAGUACGGAGACGACCGGGCUCUCAAGAUGGCGGCCCCAUGCGGAAACAGCCCCAGGGAGCAGCCAUGUUGUUUCCUGAACAAAGCCUCUGAAGAUGCGGAACGGGCAAAACCGCCCCGUACGGAACAACGCAGCCUAGGGAGCCUGGUGGUGUGCUCCCGGACAGGAAGCAGGAGAGUUUGCCAAUAUGGAUGUGACAGCGGUUCCCAUUAUGCUGUGAUGGGGGUUUUGGGACCUGAUAAUCCAGCUGGGAGUCAGAGGCGGGAUGUGUGCGGUGAAGGAUCUCUUUUGAUAUAGCCUGGGAUACUCCCUAUAAAAUAAUCUCUCUAUCAUGGGAGCCCCCACUUCCUCUGGGCUAGUUCAGCUCUGUCUGCAUGACUUGUCCUGGGACUGAGGAAAGUUUACCAGUCAUCUGGCCUUUUGGAAAAGAGCAAAAAAUGAUGAAGUCCCAGGGGUUAGUAUCAUUCAAGGAUGUGGCUGUGGAUUUCACCCAGGAGGAGUGGCAGCAACUUGACCCUGCUCAGAGGACCCUGUACAGGGAUGUGAUGCUGGAGAACUACAGCCACCUGGUCUCAAUGGGGUAUCCAGUUUCUAAACCAGAUGUCAUCUCCAAGUUGGAACAAGGAGAAGAGCCAUGGAUCAUAAAGAGAGACAUAUCAAAUUGGAUCUAUCCAGAUGAAUAUCAGGCAGAUGGGAGACAAGGGAAGUAAAAUAUCAAUUUAUGUGUAUUUUUUUAAUUGAUUGGUGCCUGAGGUUUAUGUUUCUAUCCUUAUCGAAAUCUCCUAUUCUUUGCUUCUAUGCUGAGAAUUUAGUAGUCACUCAACAAGUAAUUGUGGAGCCUUUCAGAGGAGUCCUAUUUUUUGUUGAUCCUGUCUCGUGUGUGUAUAUAUAUAUUUAUAUUUACUGUCUUUUCUGAAAGAGUUUUAAAGGCAAUAAAAGGCAAAUUCCUUUUAAGAACAUAAGCUGUACUUUAAAAGGCAAGAUUCCCAGGUAAAUGACUGUACUAAAUUAAAUGUCAAAUGCAGUUACUGUUUUAAAAGUUCAGAGAAAAUUAGAGUCUAAAGAGAUGUGGGAGUAUUUGAGAGACAUUUUUUAGAGCAUGCAACUGUAACUGCUCUGAAUGACAUAAAUGCUGCUGAGGCUAAAGGAAGAGGGUGAAGGCAAGCAAACAGUGUUGGAGAGAGUAUAUGAACAAAACUAGGGUCAGGAAGAUAUAGCUUUUCUGGGAGAACUUUACUAGUUUUACUUGACAUGUAUAGAAAGUAGUUUAUUGGGAGUAGUGGAAUUUACAUCUGUAUUCUCCGUUUGACUCUGAUACUGAAUCUGCAGCAGGAUAUUGAAUUUUUCCAUUAUUUGUGUUAGUUGUUAGGAAAAUAGAUGGAAGAGAGUUAAAGUAUUUUGUAUACAGAAGAUACCUUGUUUCUUUAGAGUGAUGGUAGGAUAAUAAAAAUGUGUAGCACAUGGUUUAUAAUACAAAUGAAAUUAAAAAGUGAAAAGGGGUUUCUAUUUAGAAAGCAGAAGUGAAAGAUGCUAAAAGAAUAAUAAAAAGGCAGUGAUGAGACCCCUGACACUUUUUCAUUGCUUUUAAGUUUAGUUUUUACAUGAAUAUUUCUGUUUAACAUUCUUGUCUAUCUCUUCACCUGAUAACACUAUAUGCUGUACUGUCUUCUGAGAUGACCUGUUUCCAUCCUUUUUUGAAGAGUAACCUUCACAACUCCCAGUCAUGUAUUUUGGGGACAGUUUCCUUCCAUCAUAAGAUACUGAAAGGAGUCACAAAGGAUGGUUCAUUGUGCUCCAUUUUAAAAGUCUGUCAAGGUGAUGGUCAGCUGCAGAGAAUUCUAGAGAAUCAAGACAAACUCUUCAGGCAGGUCACAUUUGUUAACAGCAAAACAGUGACUGAGACAUCAGGGCAUAAAUAUAAUCCACUGGGGAAAAUAUUUCAAGAGUGCAUAGAAGCAGGUACAUCAAUACAGAGAUUCCAUAAAUAUGAUGCUUUGAAAAAGAACUUAAAACCAAAUAUUGACCUACCGAGUUGUUAUAAGAGCAAUUCAAGAAAAAAAAUUGAUCAGAGUUUUGGAGGUAGGAAAUCAUCUAGCCAGAGUGAGCCCAAUUCUAAUCUUGAGAAGAUUCACAAUGGAGUAAUACCUUUUGAUGAUAAUCAGUAUGGAAACGUUUUUAGAAAUACACAAUCCCUUAUUCAGUAUCAGAAUGUGGAAACUAAAGAGAAAACUUGUGUAUGUGUUACAUGUGGAAAAGCCUUUGCUAAGAAGUCACAGCUCAUUGUACAUCAAAGAAUUCAUACUGGAAAGAAACCAUAUGAUUGUGGUGCAUGCGGAAAAGCCUUCAGUGAGAAGUUUCAUCUUGUUGUACAUCAGAGAACUCAUACUGGGGAGAAACCUUAUGAUUGUUCUGAAUGUGGAAAAGCCUUCUCUCAGAAAUCAUCCCUUAUUAUACAUCAGAGAGUUCACACUGGGGAAAAACCCUAUGAAUGUAGUGAAUGCGGGAAAGCCUUCUCCCAGAAAUCACCCCUCAUUAUACAUCAGAGAAUACAUACUGGGGAAAAACCCUAUGAAUGUAGAGAGUGUGGGAAGGCCUUUUCCCAGAAGUCACAGCUGAUUAUACACCAUAGAGCUCAUACUGGAGAGAAACCAUAUGAGUGUACCGAAUGUGGGAAAGCCUUCUGUGAGAAGUCCCACCUCAUUAUACAUAAAAGAAUUCACACUGGUGAGAAACCCUACAAAUGUGCUCAAUGUGAGGAAGCCUUCAGCAGGAAGACAGAACUCAUUACACAUCAGUUAGUUCAUACUGGGGAAAAACCUUAUGAAUGUACUGAAUGUGGGAAGACAUUCUCCCGCAAAUCACAGCUCAUCAUACAUCAGAGAACACAUACUGGAGAAAAACCCUAUAAGUGUAGUGAAUGUGGCAAAGCCUUCUGCCAGAAGUCACAUCUCAUUGGACAUCAGAGAAUUCACACAGGAGAAAAACCUUAUAUAUGUACUGAAUGUGGGAAAGCCUUCUCUCAGAAGUCUCACCUUCCGGGACACCAGCGAAUUCAUACAGGAGAGAAACCUUACAUAUGUGCUGAAUGUGGAAAGGCCUUUUCUCAGAAGUCAGACCUUGUUUUACAUCAGAGGAUUCAUACUGGGGAAAGACCCUAUCAAUGUGCUAUAUGUGGGAAGGCCUUCAUCCAGAAGUCACAACUAACUGUACACCAGAGAAUUCAUACAGUGGUAAAAUCAUAAUGAACUGGCCACAGAAAAGCCUUAGAAUUAGCUCAAGCCUUAAUAAUUACUAGAAACCCAAUUAAUUUGAUAAGCUUGGGGACAAUAUCCCAAUAGAUAAAAAUUUUUAAGGGAAUCUGUUUCUAGUUUGGUGAUGCCUAACUUUUCCAGCAAAGAUGAUGGAAAAUAGUUAUGUAAAUGAAGAACAUUUUUAAUAUGGCAUGUAAAGAUUUUAAAGUUAUGAACUCAGUGAUCAGUGCAGCAAGUUAAGCAUACAGAAUAUUGUCAAGUUGCAUAUUCCUUAUACUACAUUAUGAUAAUCAGCCAUUGUGAAACUGCUAAUAUUAACUUGGCAUAAUUAUGGCCAUAAAGUAAUUUUCUAUAAAAGACAUGGAAGAAAACUUGAGUAAACAACAAAAUAAAACCUAUACGCUAUUUUAAGAAGGGGCUUGAGCAUGACCCCUAAAGCUACAUGUAAAGGUCUUGUACAGAAAAUGGAACGAUAGGUUGAUCAGAUUCAGUAAAGUUGAUCUGUAUGCAUUUUCCCAUCUCAAGCAUAUAAGUUGACCUGCUUCUCUGGAAGGACCUUGAGAUUGAUGCAUUUUGAGCAGGUCUCCCUUUUAUUCUUCCCAACUGGGAACUUGGAGCUGAAAAACAUUGGCACUGAGGCCAGAUGGUCUUGGGUUUAAUCCUGGCUCAGUGACUCACAGAUUGUGUGACUUGAGGCAAACAUACUUCCCCUGAGUAUUUUUUAUCCGUAAGUACAAAUACAAUGCAGAGCUCAUUUUCAGUUAAUAUUAGUACUUUUUAAAUCUUUACUCUCUAUCUUGAAGCAUUAGAUGCUAAGACUAAUGUGUAAAAACCACAUCUGAACUUGCUUUUCCCUCUGGACACUCUGCUUUUGAUUAUUCAUCCCUAUUAGUGGCUCAUUUUACUGUCUUCUGAUCCUGGUGGCCUUAUUUUUACUAUGUUAAGGUUAUGUUUUUUAAUACUUGCAUUUAUUUUCAUAUACUUAUAUAAACCAUGGUGAUUGCACAUAAA